UCAGCCGUCAAUAAAGCACAGAGACAUUCAGACUGAGAGCCGUUGUACUCCUGACAGAAGAUUCGCUCCGUAUUCUGACGUUACAGCAUUUGCACCAGCAGUUUUGUUUUGAAGUGUUCCUCGAUGGAGAUGAUGCGGUCGUCCAGUGUUUGUCUGCUGCUGCUCGUGUUGUGUGGAGCGCGAGAGUUUGCUGAAGCCUGCAGCUGUUCGUCUGCACAUCCUCAGCAGGCCUAUUGCAAUGCGGAUGUCGUCAUCAGAGCCACAGUCAUCGGACACCAGCAGAUGGUGGCUGGCACUGACACUGAUGGCAACCUAAUCAAGAUGAUCAAAUAUGAUAUCAAACAGACAAAGAUGUUUAAGGGCCCCGAUCAACAGAUUGAUGCCAUCUUCACCGGCCCCUCCUCAUUGUGUGGGGUCAAUCUUGAGAGCGAUGGCAAAAAGGAAUACCUGAUCACAGGUAAUCUGGAUUCAAAUGGCACAUUGGGUGUAAAUCUUUGUGACUACAUUGAAUCUUGGGAGUCACUCAGUCUAACACAGAAAAAGAAUUUGGGUGAGCGCUACCAGAUGGGAUGCGAGUGCAAGAUCGUCCCAUGUCAAUCAAUCCCCUGUUCCAUUAAUGAAACCGCCGGGUGUCUUUGGAUUGACUGGGUGCUGGAGGGCACCCAUCAGGGUAACCAGGCGAAGUACUACACCUGCGUUAAGAGGAAUGAUGGCAGCUGUUCCUGGUACCAUGGAGCCAUCCCACCUAAAAGAGAGUUCCAGGAAAUUGAGGAACCAUAAGCUAAACCCCAGUUUAAUCGCCCAUUCAGUACAUUCACAAAACACCUUAAGCAACUUAAUUCUUCAAACACAUUCUAGACUAGUAAAUCUCACGAAACCCAUCAAGAACAUUUCCGCAUCAUAUUUCAUGCCAAAAUCAAUAUAAUAAAUUGUUAAUAAUAUAUAUUUGUAAUAAUAUAAAAAUAAAUAUAUUUUCCAUAAAGCAAAUAAGGCUUAUUUUUAGCACCAGUUUAAGACAAAAAGGCCUUAUUUUUAUGAUGCCAAAAAAUAAAAAUGAUACUUUGUUUAAAUAGUCAAGUGUUUGUAAGGGAGGACUCUUGCAUCACCCUGAAGGGGUUUAUUUUGCAAUAACAUCCAGCUGACUGAACAUUAUCCCACAUAUUACAAACUACUAAGCAAAUACAUAAAUACAUGAAGAUAAAAUAUUGAUUUGAGUUGAAAUUAUGUAAGAAGAAAUAAAUCACUGAACAGCUGAAUUUCUCCUCCGGUUUGUGAGUUCUGUUGGUAUUUAUUUAGUAAUUAAUGACCAUCUCACUCCUCAUUAUCCCGCUUGUUACAAGACUACUUGCCAAAUAAACAAAUAAAUGCACAUAAAACAUUGAUUUGUGUUAAAAUCAUUUUAUUAGUUUACUUGUAGAGAUUGCACAGUGAUCUGAGAAGCAGGAGAGACGACUCACAAUACUCGUAUGAGCGGUCUGAUACGUGGAUGUGCAGUUGUUACUGAGAAAUAUCAGACCGCUAGAUGGCGCCAUUGACCAAUCAGAAUCGAGUAUUCCAGAGAGCUGCAUAAUAAGGGUCUGGAAAGGAUGAAACGGAAAAAAGUAGAACAUCGUGAUGAUUACGAUAAUGAGUAUUUGGGAGUUGAAAUUCAUUUAAUUGUCAUGAAAUAUUCACAAUGCAAAAUUACAUUUCUUUACACAAAAUAUGAUUUUCUUAUUGUUUAUCUCUUGAUUUUGGGGUGUAGUAUGACAUUCAUUCAUGAGAUUCAGCCAGACAUGGCAAGAUUUAUACAUUUGGUUGCAUGUUAAUAUAUCAAGUGAAACUCAGCUCUGAUAAUUAAUUAUGAGUUAUUUUUAUGACCGAGAUUCUGGCAUAAAUUUGGUUUCUCCUCUGCAAUUUGAGAACCCCAAAAGCUCUUGUUUCUUAAAAUUUUGCUCUUUAAUAAAGAAGAAUUGGGCUAUUACAUCAGAUCCUUUUCAGAACCAGUAAGACCCACAAAGAAGUAUUUGAUCUUAGGUCUUUUAUUUAAAUUUUUAAUGCAAAGCAGAAAGACGAUCAUGCAAUAUAAUACAAAUAUUGGACAUAUGAUUUGAAGGCAUUGCGAACAGGCUGGUAUUUUAUACUGUAAGCUUGGAAAAUGGCCAAAAUAGAACAGAAAAAAGAAAUGGGUCCUUGUAUCAUUUGAGGUCUAUCAGAAGACGAAUUUGGUACAUGGGUGUUGAAUAUAUAGUUGCAAAUUGUAUAGAAUAGUUCAGGGAGUGGGCCGUGACGAACUACAUUUUUAUUUAUUUAUCAAAAUCAUUCCACACUGAAUGUGUUAAGAAAGCAAAUUCUAUUUUGUAUUUUUAAUUGCUAUAUUUUUCUUUCUUUUUUUUUAAAAAAAAGAUGAGCAUGAUAUAAAUAUUUUUUUUAAUUUAGGGAAUGCUUUUAUUUUAUAUUUGUUUUAUAUUCCCAGUAUCAAAUAUGAAGCCUUGUCUCUGAUUCUUUUAUGUCUGUAAGGCCAGAAAAGGUUUGUUUCCACGUUAUUUUUUUACAAUUCUGUUCUUUUCCCUUGUUUUUAAUCAUACAAGAACAUUUUUGAAGUGUAGUUUGAGAUUUCUAGUAUUGGAACCACUAAAGAUUUGUUAAGAGAUAUCCUUGCAUGCCUUUUAUAGACCAUUACUCCUAUUGCUCGAACUGUUAUGGUAUUCAUGAAUAAAGGAACUCAUCCAUGGUUGUUGAAUAUCUGUUUUUGUAUACUUGUAGUUUAAAGAUUCAGGUAUUGCAAAUUAGCUGCAAAAAUAAAGGGCAUCGUUUGGAGAACUUGCUUCUGUUUCACACAUGACAAUAAAAGACUG